AUGGCUAUUCCACCCAAGUGGUACCAAUUCCUUGUCAGUGUCUUUGCUUCACUUGGGUCGCUCCUCUACGGUUAUGAUUUGGGUGUAAUUGCCGAAGCUAUCGCAUCGCAGUCCUUUGCGAGCAAGUUCAAGCCGACCGACAAUGAGACAGGCGCAGUUGUUUCCGUCUUCACGGGAGGCGCAUUUUUCGGGGCUGCUAUAGCCGGACCGCUGGGUGAUAUUCUCGGUCGAAAAUUAACUAUCAUGAACGGGGCAAUUAUCUUUUGCCUCGGGGGAGGCCUGCAGACGGGGGCCCAGAAUCUGUCCUAUCUCUAUGCCGGAAGAGCAAUUGCGGGUCUUGGCGUCGGUGUUCUCGUCAUGAUCAUCCCCCUAUACCAAGCCGAACUAGCUCACCCAAGUAUUCGAGGGCGAAUCACCGCUCUUCAACAGUUUAUGUUAGGUGUCGGAGCCCUUGCUGCUGCUUGGAUAUCGUAUGGCACCUACGUGGGCUUCUCUCCAACGAAUAGCGCCCAAUGGCGUGUCAGUCUCGGGAUCCAAAUUAUCCCCGCCGCCGUCCUCGCAUGCUUGAUUCUCCUCUUUCCUGAAUCUCCACGUUGGCUCAUUGAUCAUGGGAGGCCAGAGGACGGAUUACGAACGCUUGCUAAAUUACAUGCUCAUGGGAACGAGAACGACCCCUGGGUUCGGGCAGAAUUUGACCAGAUCCAGGAUGCGAUUACUUUUGAGCAUGAACACGAGGCCAAGUCAUAUACCGAACUCUUUACCGACAAGUCUUGCUUCCGCCGGCUAUUUCUUGCUUGCUCCAUACAGGCUUCUAUUCAGAUGACCGGCGUCAGUGCAAUCCAGUAUUACUCAGUUACCAUAUUCGGCCAGAUGGGUAUCAAGGGUGAUGACACUCUGAAAUACCAGGCUAUCUCCUCAGUCAUAGCUCUAAUUGCCCAGUUCCUCUGUAUUCUCUUCAUUGACUACACCGGACGUCGCUGGCCGCUUAUUCUCGGAAAUCUUGGAAACAUGAUCACAUUUAUCAUCGCAACUAUUUUGCUUGCAAAAUUUCCUCCCGGAGAGAGUGGGAACAAUUCCGCCGCUUGGGGUUUCAUUGUCAUCACCUGGAUAUACAACUUCUCAUUUAGCGCUACUUGCGGACCUCUGUCCUGGAUUAUCCCAGCCGAGAUCUUUGACACCAAAACUCGAUCGAAGGGAGUCUCUAUUGCUACAAUGACCUCCUUCGCUUUCAAUACUCUCAUCGGGCAGGUCACGAAGCCGGCGAUGACCCAUGUGCGAUAUCGAUAUUAUUUCCUGUUCAUCAUUUGCAAUCUGACGAAUGCAAUCUUUUUUUGGGCUGUCUUACCAGAAACCGCGAAGCGUCCACUUGAGGAGAUGAACCAUCUUUUCCGAAACGCUCCGUUGUUUGUACCUGGCAUGAAGAAGUCCGAUUUUGCGACUCAUGAUUUGGAGCGCAGGGCUGAAGAGGUUGCAGCAAAGCAGGGAUAUGCUUCCCAUGUGGAGGAGAAAGCGUGA